AAGAGUGAUUUGUAUAGUGUACGAUGUCACGAAUUCCAGUGCCCCAAGUGCUCCAGAGAAAUGAAACGGUUAAUUAAUAUCAUUCUAAUUGGAACAGCGUCCGGGAUCGCUUUUACCGCAUUCGACAGAAAGUUUUAAAAUGCCUGACUCAGUAUCUGUGGGCAUACGCGCGGAAUUGUUUUGACUGUAGUUUUAGGGUCUUAUUUCCGAAAUACUACUGCUUUACGCUUGUCGUCUGAUUCACUUGGGAGGCUGAACAAAUAGGACUUCAUUGUUAUCUUAAUUUUGCGCAAUAAACUGUGUGAUAAGCGAUCGUACAACGAAAUGUCAGUUGGAGAGUGUUUUGUGAACAGAAGGAUAAAGUUAAGCUCAGUGCAAUGAUACCGUUCGAUGGAUAAAUUCAUAAUGGUGCUUGUUGGUAUAACGCGGUAUAACCUUAUUAAGUCGAAAAGUCAAAUUAGAAGUGAUAUUCCCCCGAACAAGAGAAAGAGAGAGAAAAUCUUAACUGAAGAAAAAUUGUACAAAAACGUGUUUUUGUUUAAGCUCCGGUUUUGUGCUUUUAGAAAUAGGGUCGAGUUAUGAACUCCGCGUGUUCCCAACACUCUCGAUCAAUUGAGCAGUCGUCAUGUUAAGGCUAAAGGUCGAUCGAUCUCAAAAUAUUGAUUCAACAGCUUUCCCAUAAAUUAUGAGCGAUUGUUGCGGCAGUAUCCAUUUGGGACGGAACAAGUCAGUUUCCCGUGUGCUAAACCUACUACCGAUGAUGUAAAAGUGGAUAGUUUUAUUCUCAAAACACGAAACCCAAAUACUCCCCCGAGAGACUGAGUUGGGUAGGUAGGUAACGCCAUAAGAUACCUUCCUACUUACUAGUGCUUUUAAGUUUAUUGCUAACUUCGAAAGAAUGAAAAAUUUUGCUCAAAACAAGAAAGAUGCGGGUACCGGAAAAGAAGAAUCUAACAAUGGAGAACCGGAAUCCAUUUCAUCGCGGUCCACUAUCAUCGUUAAUUCCGAUAGUGACACGGCCACGACAGCAACAACGGUGCGGACCAAAUUGAGGCACCGUUUACCAAUCGUACGUUGGGUGGCCAGUGCUCGAAGCAAUCAUUGUUCGGAGAGGAAGGAAUCUCGCCGUACUAAACCGGAACUACCUUCUUGCUGUGGCGUUGAAACCAUCAAUGAUAAGAAGAUUCAAACGGAUAAGCAGUUUACAGACAAAUCCGUACAGUGCGAUGAUUCUACUUUGAUGGGUGAUUGGGGACAUGGUUUCAGAUCUCAAAGUCCAUCUCAUCGAGGCACUACAAUCGAUUGCAUUAACGAUCGGCACCGAGUAGACAUAAUUAAUGGAAGCAACUAUCAAUACUAUCAGCAUCAGCAUCCCCAUCCGAUCCAUCACUUGAGUGGCAUACCGAAUGGAUGCAGUUGCUGCUGUUAUGGUUUCUAUCACGCUGCAGUAGAGUCAUCUUUGGCGAGAGGAAACAUGGAGGUCGAGUUUCCCCACAUCGUCCGUACGCCGCUGCACGACGCCCGGCGUCGCAGUCUGGAGCAGAACUCGAUCAGUGUGUUCCGUUCCGAGAAUCGAUCGCAAACCAGCUCACCAAAAAGUGCGGGAGAUGAUCGUUCAAGUAAUCGAGUGCUUUUCAGAAAAAAUAAUUUUUUAGCGCUACUGCCUCAUGAUAAUGUGUAUGAAAAAAAUCAUAAAAAUAGAAUGUUUACCAGUAUUCAAAAUGAUUCCAGUCAAGUGCAAAGUCGAUCCGGAUCGACACCGUUUCUGAAUAGUGUGGAAGAGCAAGAUGAAAGUGGGGGGGUUAUUUCGAAAAAAAUCGUGUAUCGGAAAAUUGGUCGUGUGAGUCCGUUUUUCGUAACAACGAAAGAGGAAGAAAACGAAGUCAUCGUUCAAGACACAGAGUUAUUGAAAAAUCAAGCUGAACAUGGAUACGAAGAGCCACAAUCCUAUCUUGUGCUUGGCAUGGAUCGUCAAGCUCGAAGACCAUUCAGGCGGAAAAUUUGUACCCCCUUCAAUAAUAACAACAGCAUCAGCUACUCAAGCAAAAGAACAACAAUGCCGCCGGAACAUUUGAAGCCGUUACCUUCGGAUUUUCCAUGCGAGAAUGAUACUAACCUAAACAGACGAAGCUUACCCAUUUAUGCGUUUGCCUCCAACCAGACAUCGGGUUCAGCUGGCAGCCAAAUGAAACCCCCUAGAUUUCCAAGCGACGGUACGACCUCCAUCAAUCGUCGCUCUUCAUCCGGUAACAUCGUAAACAAUGCACCAUUGGCCGGUACCAGCAGCAGCUCCAUCGAUUCUAACUCCAUCUUGUACCGCAGCAAAGCAGAUAAUCUCAAUGUUAUGGACGAUGGCGAAUACGAGCAUGGUUUCGGUGCGCAACUGGAGCAAAGAAAAUUACGUUUAAAUCAAGGACCGACCAACCCUAGUGCGGCUAGCUUAAGCCUGUACAGUAAACUAAGCGGUAGUAUCCAGAAUUUUUUCGGUGGUGGUCGAGGUCAGUUCGGUUCGAAAAAUUCCGUUCGGUCGUUUGGUGGUUUUAGCAAAAGUGAAAAUAACCUUAACGAGCUCAGUAGGCGGCGUCUGGCAGGACCAUCGACAGGAUCUAAGGAUCGAAUAUUUUCCUUUGGGAAUCGAAACAAAGGAAAACAUCGACGAAGGAUCAACAAUUUUCAAACCAGUGGCGGCGGUAGUUUUUUCACGUACAAUUACGACGACGAGGAAGAAAGUCGGUGGAAAAAAUAUUUUAGUUUUAACAUGAACCUGCUGCGGAAACACAAGAAGCAUAACCAAGUGAAUGGAGGAAUACAAGAUUUGGAUGGAGGAUUCUUUGAGAAGUUCGGCUCGAUUCUGCGUCAAAAGUCGAUCAACCACGAUGAAAGCAUUGAAACACGACUGGAACCGUUCCCGGAAGAAGAAGCCGGUGUUGGCGAAACAUCAGAAAAGGCUCAUUAUGCAGCCCCACGGGAGGCCACGGUAAUUCCGGAAGCUGGCGAAGAUAGCGGAAACGAAACCCUGCCGGACAGUGAUUACGAGGAGCAGCAGGACAAGCAGCAGGAAUUCAUCGAAGAUGCAUUUGGAUGGAAUAUUGAAGAGUUGUACGAGGAAAUUUUGUUCGAAAUCAUCAAUAAUAUAGGCUGUGAGGAUGAGGAGCUGACUGAAGAGAGUGCAAUUCAUUACGUGCAGGAUGCAUUUAAAAUUAGCAACGAAAAACACGAAGAAAUCCUCCAUGCUGCGAGGAGCAAAGAGCCUCCGGAGAUUUGCCUUAACGUUGAGGUGAUUGAAGCCAAAGAGCUGGAACCGAAGGAUUCGAAUGGACUGUCCGAUCCUUUCGUCACCAUGUACAUUGUCUCCAAUCCGACGCACCGGUACAACACCUCCGUUAAGGCUGCCACUUUGAAUCCGAUCUGGGAAGAGCAUUUUUCGCUGCCAAUCGAUGAAAAUGCCAAUGAUGCGAACCUGAUUGUGGAAGUGUGGGAUUUCGAUCCAGCGGAAACGAUCAAGGAAAAAAUGAACAAGGUCUUCGACGUUAAGGGUGUGCGAGGACUGCGUAAGCUGAUGAAAGAAAUCGCAGUCACGGCCUCGACCGGCAAGCACGACAAUGAACUGAUUGGUCGAGCCAGCAUUCCACUUAAGUCGAUUCCUGCAUCCGGUUUGAUUAUGUGGUACAACUUGGAUAAAAAGAACAAACUGAAGCGCCAGGGCACGAUCAGAAUAAGACUGAACUUUAGCUCCCAGAAAAACAAUCAGGUGGCUGCUCAAGAGCAUCGGCACCUGUUGAGGAUUCUUCUACUGCACGAACUAGAAACUUCGAAAGUGGCCCAGUACUGGUGGUCCGGAAAAUUCACCCUCCAAGGUGAAGCUGUCCUCACUCAGCAUUCGGCCCAGAGCAGUCUAUCUAGCACGGCAGUGGCAUUUAUUCAAUGGUGUGUUUACAGUUCCAUUCAUUUGGAUCAUCCAUUGGCCUUCAACCUGUUCGAUACGCUGCUGGACAAACUGGUACGGCCAAUCCAAACCCGAUCAGUCUCGGAAGAGGAACUGAAAAUGUUCUGGGAUGCAACGAAGAAGUUACUUCCGUCAUGUUUUUCGAUCAUAAGAAAACUACGCAAGAAGACUGCUGGCGAUAAAAUGGCCAUUAAGAUGCUAACUGAUGUACUGAAUAUACUUUCCAAAGUUUCAAUGCUAGAACCACCGGAGGGUACCGAUCUGUUCCCCGCAAAUCAAUACAGUUGGAUUAGACGGACGAGUGAUUCCGUAGAGCCUAGUUGGGACAUACGAGAGGCUCUAACGAGUGCAGUGGUAUCUGGGGCGGAAAAUUGGUUCAACUGCAUUGAGGAGAGCCAUCAGGUGCAAACCGGAUUAGACGAAGAUCGUUUACAGAAUUUGAUCAAAAUCAUCCAACUGGUGCGGUCUGACAUUCAGAGAUCUAUCGAGCAUUAUGAUAAAAUUUUCCAAGAGGUGGUUCACUUUCAGUAUACCAAAGAACUGUACAUCACUUACGAGUUGAAACUCGCCGAGCUUAUAAAGCCUUGUGUGGAGGAUAUCUGCCGAAAGUUGCGUCGCAUUGAUAUUCCAGAAGCUUCUGGUGCUCAGAUUGACUACGAAGACAUUAACAUGGGUACCACACUGUUUGAGUUGUACCUUGUACUGAAACGGUUCUCAGGACUUGGGCCCGGAUUGAGUCCCGGAGAGUCUGGGUUUGCCAUUGAUGAAUACCAUCGGUGGUUCAUGGGUGGCGUCGCCCAUUGGCUGGACAUUGCUGUCUACAAGGCAUUGACUCGAAUUGCCAAAGCCAUCGAACUGGACAAACUGCAACCGGUCGACGAUUCGGUCAAAUAUUCUUCCUCGGCCGUUGACACUCUGGCUAUUUUCUACCAGAUCAAAAUCUUCUGGCAACAACUCGCUUGGCCAGAUGUCGAAGGGGCCUACAUUUUCGUGGCAAAGAUUGUCGAUGAUAUUUGCCGGUGCUGCGUGUUUUAUGCCGAUCGAAUGGCCGCGCGUGUCGAACGGGUUGGGCAAGUGGAAAAUGCAUACGAAAAGAAAUUUAUAGUCACUCAAGAAUGGUGCCUUGCGAUUAACAAUAUCGAUUACAUUCGGCAAAGUUUGAAGCCGUUUGCUUCCGAACUGGGGGUGGAUGAUAUCAUUAACAAGUUGUCGGAUGUUCAGAGUCCAUUGGAAGCGGAACGAUGUGCCAGUACCCUGCGAGCAGUGCUAAACAAUGCAAUCGAUACGGAGAAUAACAAAAUCGCGGAAUUGGUAGACACAUUAGCUGGAAAAAUGGCCCCGGCAAUGCGUCGUUUCUUGGUGGAAGGAGCCGGACUGCUACAGCAAGAUUCCAAUUCAAUGGAUCGGUUGAUGAUGUACAUGGAAGAAUCUUUAGCCAUGUUGAACGGCGAGCUGAACGAACAAAACUUCGAACGUGUUCUAAAAGAAAUUUGGAAUAAGCUAACCGGUGUGUUGUACGACUUAGUUCAGAGUAAUCUUGAUAAACGUCGUUCACCUGCCUUUUUCGCCAACUUGCGGGACACUCUACACAUUUUAGUGGCCAACUUUAAAACUUCCGAUAAUCAGGAUUCCGUUGAUGGAGAUGACAAGAAAGCGCUUGAUUACAUAGAGAGGCUUCUACAGCUACAUGGCUACGAAACGACCGAUCUCAUUCAUCAGUAUUACAUUGAACGGCUAAAGGAGCAAGAGUCGUUACAAGUCGCUGGGGGUGAGAACUACGGUCUUCUGACAGUACAGUGCCACUUCAUGGACAAUGUGCUGGAGCUGACAGUCAUGAAUGCUCGCAACUUGAAACCUAUGGACGAUAACGGCAUGUGCGAUUCGUUUGUGCGGAUUCAUUUCAUACCAGAAGAAAGAUUUGUUGGUGUUCAAAAACCACGAACACAAACUCAGAACAAAACUCUGUGUCCGCUAUACGACGAAAAGUUCACGAUAACAUUUACCCCGGAACAGCGAGCUGUGAAUGAUGCGCUUAUUCUGUUCAGCGUUAAAGAUAAAGACCUCUUCGGGAUGUCAAAUCAAUAUUUGGCCGAAUGUUACUUAAGCUUCAAUGACGUAGCUGAUAACCCGAGCGAAAGCGACAAACUAAAGCAGAAGCAUUUAUUGUUAACACGCCCAACGAGAAUGGAUACUGACUGUGUUCGAGCUUUGGAAUACCGGCAAGGUGACAAGCAAGCCAAAGAUUUCAUCAAAAAGCUGCGCCAGAAGAUGGGCCAAUAACUUGCAGACGGUCUCGCUCAAACAACUUUUUCCCUUGAACAGGGACAGCAAGGGCAAAUUUCUCGAAUCUCGGUGUAUUUUAUUUACUUCUUGCAGUGCCUUCGAAAAUAGUUUAGUUUUUGUUUGUUUUCGAGGAAUAAAAAAUUGAUCCGCAGAUAAAACCUCCAAGGCCAAAUAUCAAA